CCCCAAGCUUCAUUCAACCUCACAUACCGAACGACCAUCGCCGAAACCCACGACCCUCCUCAAACGACAAACCGACCCCAUUCCCGACAACGUCAAAUUCACUGAAAUCUCAUUUACACACACACACACACACAUCCAUCAUAAUGGAUCACAGACCGCAAGCUUGGGGCCGUCCCAGAGACGACGUCUAUGGUGCCUACGAUGGCUCUUACAUGAACCUCAACGGCCCCAACCAAGCGACACAGGCUCCUAUCGUCACGGGUACAUCAGUCAUCGCCAUUAAGUUCAGCCAGGGCGUCGUCAUUGCCGCUGAUAACCUGGCAUCCUACGGCUCCCUCGCCCGCUUCACCGACGUCAAGCGCCUCCGCACCUUUGCCAACUCCACCGUGAUUGGCUUUGGCGGUGACGUCUCCGAUAUGCAGUAUCUCGACCGCCACCUCUCGGCCCUCGACAUUGAAGAGUCGUACGACCUGUCCGCCGACACGCCCGCUCGUCUCAACGCCGCGAACUUGCACAAGUACCUCUCCAAGCUCCUAUACAAGCGCCGAUCCGACUUUGAUCCCCUUUGGAACCACCUCCUCGUCGCCGGUCUCGACGACAGCAACAAGCCCUUCCUCGCUGCCGCCGAUCUCCUCGGCACUACCUUCACCUCCCCCUCGCUCGCUACCGGCUUCGGCUCCGCUCUUGCCCAGCCCAUCAUGCGCCGCUACGUCCCGGACGAGGAGUCAGCCGCCAAGCUGUCCAAGGAGCAAGCUAUCGAGGUCAUCAAGGAGUGCAUGAAGGUGCUCUUCUACCGCGAUGCUCGCAGCUCUGACAACUACUCCAUUGCCGUGGUGACCAAGGAUGGCGUUGAUUUGAAGGAGAGCGAGAAGCUCGAGAAGCAAAGCUGGAAGUUUGCGGAACGGAUUCGUGGCUACGGCACGCAGGUCGUUUAGAAUGAGUGGAGGGGCAUGGUCUGAAGGGGAUUCCAGAGGAAUAGAGAACCAAGGAAAUGAAACGACAAUCCAUGCAUGAAUGAAUGGCUGGCUGGUUACUCAAGAUGGCGGGCCGUUGGCGACUGAACACGUGGGAAUCCUCCAGGGGUACUCAUCACUAGACGACAGGCGGGUAUGAGUAGCCAAGGAUGGCUUCGCCGACAUUGAACUCAAUCCGCGACUUCGUGAAUGAGU